AUGUGGGUUCCCGAUCUUAUCCUCCAUAAAUGCUCAAUACUAACAGUUUCAAGGUCAAAAAUCGAUAAAUUGUCGAUACUGGGAGUUCGCUCUUUCGACAAUACCCGUAGCGAAACCAUACAAUUUCAUGCUCCUCUCACAUUGAUUGUCGGCCAUAAUGGAUCUGGUAAAACGACCAUCAUUGAAUGCCUGAAGUAUGCCACGACUGGCGAUCUCCCUCCGAAUAGUAAAGGAGGUGCUUUCAUUCAUGACCCGAAGCUAUGUGGAGAGAAGGAAGUGCUGGCUCAAGUGAAGCUUUCUUUCAAGGCCACAUCUGGCGCCAAGAUGGUGGCUACGCGCAGUCUUCAACUCACAGUCAAAAAACUUACCCGGCAACAAAAGACGCUGGAAGGACACUUGAUGAUGAUGAAGAAUGGAGAACGUACCGCAAUUUCCUCUCGGGUUGCUGAACUGGACCAGAUAAUGCCGCAGUACCUAGGCGUAUCCAAAGCAGUUCUCGACUCUGUCAUCUUCUGCCACCAGGAUGAGAGUCUGUGGCCGAUGAGCGAACCAUCCGUUCUUAAAAAGAGAUUUGAUGAAAUCUUCGAAGCUAUGAAGUACACCAAAGCUAUUGACAAUAUCAAACUUCUCCGGAAAAAGCAGAAUGAAGAACUUGCAAAAUAUAAGAUCAUGGAGCAACAUGCUAAGGAAGACAAGGAGAAAGCAGAUCGUGCAGAGAAGCGAUCAGUCAGACUUCAAGAAGAAAUCGAGGCUCUGCGAGACGAGACCCAACAAAUGUCGAAAGAGAUGCGGCGUGUUGCGGAACUGGCUGACAAGGCUUGGAAAGAAUCCGAAAGCUACGCUCAAAUCCUCGGUGCUUUGGAAGGAAAACGAAUCGAAGCCAAGUCUAUCCAGACCACCAUUGACAAUCUUAAACGGCAUUUGGUUGAGCUUGAUGACUCGGAUGAAUGGCUUGAAUCGACAUUGGAGCAAUUUGAGACGAAGCAGAUCGAAUAUCAGCAGCAGGAAGAGUCUCAGAAGGAGAGCUAUAUGGAACUCAAGGAGCAGAUUGAGCAAUCUCGACACCGCCUAGGCUUGAAGCAGGCCGAGAAUGGCAAGUAUGAGAACGACAAGGCCAAUUUCGAGCGGCAGCUUCAACGACGUCAGAACAUGAUCAAAGAUAUUGCGCGGGAAAACAAUAUUCGCGGAGUCAAUGAUGAUAUGGAGCCGGAAGACAUCGACGAGUUUAUGCACAAAAUUCGGCGUUUACUCCGGGAGCAGAAUCUGACGAUAGAUCGCGUGAAGCGAGAAGCUCAAAAAGAACUUCGUGAGGUUCAAGAUAUUCUGAGUCAGAUUGGACAGCGAAAUUCUGCUCUGCAAGAAAGCAAGAAUGCGGCAAAGAAGCAGGUGGUCUUAAAUGACAAAGAGGCAGCGACCUACCAAAGGAGGCUCAAUGAGAUUGAAGUUGACGAGGGUGUGCAAACUGCUCUGGAAGCGAAGAUCGAAGAUACAACCUCGGGCCUGGAAAAUGCAAAAGAACGGGCCAAGACUGCUUCCUGGGACCAGGAGAUUCAAGAUGCUAAUAAUCAGAUCUUUCGCCUUGAGGACGAGAACUCAAAACUCAAUACUGAAUUGAUUGAAUCGACGAAGAAGGCAGGUGAUCUAGCUCGUCUGGAUCAUUUGAAGAAAGAAUCAAAGGAUAGGGAACGCAGCCUUCAAACCAUGAAGGGGGCUCACGGCGAACGUCUCACCAAAGUUGUUGGACCAGAUUGGCAACCACAGACUCUAGAGAGAGACUUCCAGCUCGCGUUCGAUGCUGAAUCCAAGCAGGUUGCUGAUGCAGAGCGAGAACGCGACGGAGUGAGCCGAGAGUUGGAGCAAAUUGAGUUCAAGCUGAGAAAUUCUAAGAAAACUCUGAGCCAGAGAGAGAAGGAGCUUCAAAACUGUAUGAAGGAGAUUCGCGAGGCCGUUGAUGCAGAGCCCUCGGAGUAUCCGGAAAUCCUUACGGAGCGACAGGGAAGAUUUGAUAUGGCACGGAAAGAUGCUGACCAAUUUGCUGGUAUGGGCGACUACCUCAAUAAGUGCCUCGAAGCAGCAAAGCGAGCCAAGAUGUGCCGUACAUGUUCGCGAUGCUUCAAGAACGAGCCAGAGCUCCAAAAUUUCAUCAAGAAGCUGGAAGCCACGCUGAAGAAAAACGGUGUGGGUGACGAAGACGAAGAUAUGAAAGAAUACGAGCAGGAGUAUGAGACUGCGCGCGCAGCAAAUGGCGCUUAUGAUACAUGGGUUCGCCUUUCGGGCACAGACGUUCCGUCCCUCAAAAAAGAGGAAGAAGACUACGAAUCUCAGCGAGAUCAGCUUCUAGCCAAAAUUGAAAGUCAUGAUCGGGCCGUCAGUGAGAAAUCAGAAAGCAAACGAGAUGUUGAAGCUCUGAUAAAAACUGUGAACACAAUCACGAGAUAUGACGCCGAGAUCAAAUCCAUUGCAUCUCAAAUUCAGGAGCUCUCUUCCAAGCAGCAAGACGCCUCUGCGAGUCGUACUCUGCAAGACAUCCAAGAUGAGAUCUCCGCCAACAAUGAAAAGUCUCGAGAGCUGAAAAAGACGCUAAGCAAGCUCACGAACGAGAGAGAUCAGACUCGGGCAGAGAUGAACAAGCUUGAACUUCAACUCAGAGAUGUAAGGAGCAAACUCGACAAUGCCAAGUUCCAACUCGAGAAAAAGGCCGAUCUGAUAGUCCGCGUGGAGGAAUUCAAAAAACUCAACAUUGAGCAACGCGAGGCGAUCAAAAAGGCGGAAAACGACAUGGAAGCCCUGGUCCCGGAAUUACAACAGGCUCAAGCAAACUAUGAUGAUAUCACUCAACGAGCUGAUGCACGAGAACGAGAUCUGCAACAUGGAAUCAAUCGCCUCUCUGAUAGCGUCUAUCAACUUGAUCUUGCCAAUGAGGAGAUUAACUCCUAUAAUGAACGAGGAGGCCCCAGCCAACUUGAACGGAGCAAGGAGGAGCUAUCUCAAAUUGAGAACGAAAUUAGCAAUCUUGAGUCCGAGCAAGGCGAGAUUACGCGGAAUAUAAACAAGAUUUCAGCACAGCUUCAGGACAGCGAGAACACUAAACGACAGUACUCUGAUAAUCUGACUUAUCGCCAAGGUUCACGAUCUCUAGAUAAGGUCAUGAAGGAAGUCCAGCAACUGGAAGACCAAAACGCCGAUGUUGACCGCAGCCGCUUUAAGCAAGAGUCAGAGCGUUGGACCCGUGAACAUAGUGCCCUCGCUGCCAAACAGGCUAGCAAGAUGGGCGAAAUGAAAUCCAAGGACGAUCAGCUCAUGCAACUUCUGGCAGACUGGAAUACGGACUAUAAGGACGCCGCUUUCAAAUACAAGGAAUCACACAUUAAGGUCGAAACCACCAAGGCCGCCUCUGAUGAUCUCGCUCGGUAUGGAGGCGCGCUUGACAAGGCGAUCAUGUCGUAUCAUAGCUUGAAGAUGGAAGAAAUCAAUGCCAUCGUCGGCGAGCUUUGGCAAAAGACCUACCGCGGGACCGACGUCGACACGAUUCUCAUCCGCUCUGAUAAUGAAAACUCGAAAGGAAACAGGUCAUAUAAUUACCGCGUGUGCAUGGUGAAGUCAGGUGCAGAAAUGGACAUGCGAGGUCGUUGCAGUGCUGGCCAGAAGGUCCUGGCCAGUAUCAUCAUCCGCCUUGCUUUGGCUGAGUGCUUUGGAGUCAACUGUGGUCUGAUCGCUCUUGAUGAACCCACCACCAACCUGGAUCGUGAUAACAUCCGCUCCCUGGCCGAGUCGCUGCACGAGAUUAUCCGGACCCGUCAACAGCAGUCAAAUUUCCAACUCAUUGUUAUCACUCACGACGAGGACUUCCUGCGCUCUAUGCAAUGUGGAGAUUUCAGUGACUACUAUUACCGCGUCUCCCGGAAUGAGAAGCAAAAGUCUAUCAUCGAGAGACAGUCUAUUGCUGAGGUUAUGUAA